AUCUUUUUUUUUUCAUCCUUUCAACUGAAAAAAUAUUUAUUUUAUCAAAAAAUAAUAAAAUAUUUGUGGUUCUUGAUAAAUCUGUUCCGUCCAACGAAUAAUUCUUGCAAGAUUGUGUGUUUUGAUGUGAGUCAACUCCCUCCCGCUCCUUAGCAUGUCUAUACUCAUCUUAAUUUCUCCCGGCACAACAACUACGACUAAGACGGCCCUUUCAUCAAAAUAAGACUAGGACAUUCCUUCAUCCCUCGAAUCCCCUCCUCUAGUCCCAUCCAAUCCAUCUUCCCCGCUUCACUUCCCAUGGAGCUCUCCGCCUCCCCCCAAGCCGUUCUCUUCUUCCUGCUCUUCUUCCUCACUUCUCUCUAUCUAUUCCUCUCCAUAUCCCCCUUCCGCCGCCGAUCCUCCGUCCUCCAACCUUACCCCCUCCUCGGCAACCUGACCCAGUUCCUCAAGAACCGCCACCGCAUGGCCGACUGGCUCGCCGAAGCCCUCGCAGCCAGCCCCACCAACACCAUCACCUUCCACCGCCCCGGCGGCGUCCGCGGCGUCAUCACCGCCAACCCCGCCAACGUCGAGCACAUCCUCCGCUCCAACUUCGACAACUACACCAAGGGCUCCCGCUUCGCCUCCAUCCUCCACGACUUCCUCGGCCGCGGCAUCUUCAACUCCGACGGCGAGGUCUGGCGCCUCCAGCGCAAGACCGCCAGCUUCGAGUUCAACACCAGAUCCCUCCGAUCCUUCGUCGUCCACUGCGUCCAGGACGAGAUCCUCCACCGGCUCCUCCCUCUCCUCGCCGAAGCCUCCCUCCACGGCCGGGCCAUCGAUCUCCAGGACGUCCUCGAGCGCUUCGCCUUCGAUAACGUUUGCAAAGUAGCCUUCAACCACGACCCGGCCUGCCUCGCCGCCGAUGGACCCGAGCGAUCCUCCUCCGACUCCGAAUUCGCCGAAGCCUUCGAGGACGCGGCCAACCUCAGCGCCGGGCGGUUCCGGUACGCCGUGCCGCGGUUCUGGAAGAUCAAGAAACUACUCCGCAUCGGAUCGGAGCGGCGGCUGAGGAAAUCGAUCGCGACGGUCCACGCCUUCGCGAACCAGAUCAUCCGGUCGAGGAAGAAGGAGAACUGGACGUCCUCCUCCUCGCCCCGGGCCGACGAUCUGCUCUCCCGGUUUGUCGCGAACGAGGACCACUCCGAGGAGUUCCUGCGCGAUAUCGUCAUCAGCUUCCUCCUCGCCGGGCGGGAGACGACCUCGUCGGCGCUGUCGUGGUUCUUCUGGCUUCUCUCGUCCCGACCGGAAGUCGAACGAAAGAUACUGGACGACAUCCGGUCGGUUCGGCUUCGAAAUCGGAGCUCCAGCGGCGGCGGCGGCUGCGAGACUACGUUCGAUUUCGAAGAGCUGAGGGAGAUGCACUACCUCCACGCGGCGAUAACGGAGGCGAUGCGGCUGUACCCACCGGUGCCGAUGAACUCGACGGAGUGCCAAGGGGACGACGUACUGCCGGAUGGGACGGCGGUGAAGAAAGGGUGGUUCAUGUCGUACAGUUCGUACGCGAUGGGGCGGAUGGAAGCGAUCUGGGGGAAGGACUGCUUGGAGUACAGGCCGGAGAGGUGGCUGGAGGAGGGGUUGUUCCGCCCGGAGUCGCCGUUCAAGUUCGCGGCCUUCCACGCGGGGCCGAGGAUGUGUCUGGGGAAGGAGAUGGCCUACAUACAGAUGAAGUCGAUCGCGGCGUGCGUGCUGGAGAGAUUCGUGAUCGAGGUGGUGGAUAAGGACACGUGUCCGGAGAAGAUGAUGUCGCUCACGCUGAGGAUGAGGGGAGGGCUGCCGGUGCGUGUGAUGCAGAGGCCGACGGCUGCGAUUGACUGAUGAUUGGAUGGGUCUAUCUUUUGUAAAUCUGAUUGUACUUUUGUGGCUGCGUCUCCUCCGCUUCUUCUUUCUUUUUUUUUUUCUUUCUUUUUUUUUUGAUAUAGAUAAUUUUUCUAUUUUGACAUACGUCCCUGUGGUCAAUCGAUAUUUUAAGGAACAAAUGCUAAUCUAGUUGUCUUUCUAUCUGUCUA